GUUUACUGAAAUGAAGCACAAGCACACACGACGUCGGUUGAAUCCGACCAUCCGUUGGACUGAGGCCCAGACCAAGCAAUUACUAAACAGCGUCUUAGAAGAAGUAGGCAUUCAUCCCGGAAGAUUCGAGAAACCAACGGCACAGAUUUUUUACGCUAGCGUUUGUGAAAAAGCCCCCGAUGUCAGACCGAUAAAGUGGCAGAUAAUAAAAAACAAAAUGCGUAAUUUGAAAACAUCCUUUCUUACUACAGCUACCUGGAAAGCCGAAACGGGUGCUAAACUUCUAGCUGAGGGCAACGAAUUUCUAUAUCGUGAUCAUAUGGAAAGAUGUUGUCCAUAUUUUGAUGCCCUAGAAAGUCUGUUUGGGCACCUACUGACUACAAGAACUACGAGUGAAAUAACAACAAUGUCAAGUGAUCUGGACGAGUAUGCUGACGAGCUGAUAACAUCGGAUAUACUAUCUACGGAGCUUGAAUCAAUACCUAGCUGCAAUGUACAGGAAGAGCUGCCUCCAGAUGACAUUAAAAUCAAGGUAGAAGUAACAGAGCCUGAAAUUCAACCGGACAACGACAAACUGGAUAGUACAUAUCAUCCAGGGCAGAUAGAACCAGUUGAUGAUCACGUGGUGUAUCAUACCCGUCUAGGAUACACUCCGGAACCAUCAACGGCUAGUAAUAGUGAAACGGAUUAUAGAGCUAAAUCAGUUUAUGGUGAUAGGCAACAAUGGAAAAGGCCAGCUCCAGAGACAUCCUCUGUAUUUCAACUGGUGGUGAUGCAGGAGAAAAAGUUGAAGUUUGAAGUGAUGAAGUUGCAGCAACAGUUAGAUCUAGAAAGGCAAAAAUUAGACCUGGAGCGGGAAAAGUUGUGCUUGUCGAGAGAGCAGAAAAAUGUGGAUAUUGAAAUAAAGAGACUGCAGUUGGAGCAAGAAAUGGAAAUCAAAAAGCUUGAAAUGGAACGUGAUGAAAGACUUGCGCUUACUAAAAUGAAACUGGAAGUAGAAAGUCAGGAGCGUAUCAAAAAGUACGAGUUGGAGUUGAAGACCAAAUCAGAUUAAAUUGGAAUCGAAUUGGUAUUGGAAAGUUUAAUCAAAAGUUGUGUUUUGCGCUUUGUUUGGCGAAUUUCAGCAUAACAAUAAGUCAAUGCGUGAGGAUACAAAUGAGCUAAAAUAUUAUCAGGUGAACAAUAAAACCGACACAUGAAGGCCACCGGAUAAAAGCAUAGAAUAACUCUAUCUACGAUGUUCGAUCUACGAUGCAGGAAAGAUGUUGUUUUGCUGCGCGGACGCUGAGUACAUAGAAAGAAGAUUGAUGACGAUUCUGAAGAUUUACUGCAAAAAUAUGAUGCGAUGCAAGUAGAUGCGAGAAAUGAAAGAAGAUUUUUCGUAGAUUGAGAUGUUUAGAGCAUCUAGAAUUGAGUUUUAGAUGUGACGCCCCCUCGAGAAAAACCAGCAAAUGAGCGAGCCUAAUAAAAAAUAUCAUACGCGAACGAUAACUCAAAUGACAGAACUAUUCCACAAAUUGUAUGGAUGAUUCUCUGAACACGUCAUUAAGCGUACUAACGAUACAAGUUUUAUUAGGGGAGUCUUUAUCAUGUAAUUCCACUUAUGACUAUUUCACUGCCAACCUAAUUCAUAACUUCCAAGCAUAUCUAGUAUGAUUAUGUAAGAGCGCCACGAAAAUAGCUUAUAAUUAUUUUCAGAACAAUGGUUGGAGAAAUAUCCACCCAUGUGUGGCAUCUGCAUAAUAGACGCCAUCGAAUUCUGUCCAUU